GAUCCGAUCAAUCUCAUCCUUCGCCUUCCUCCUGCUCCAUCCACAGAGUCGCCGGAAGUUAACUCGGCUUUCGUCGAUGGCGAAAGUUUACCCGAGCGCCACCGCGUCGUCGAGGCCUUCUUUCUCCGCCCCGCCGGCGUCCUCCUCCGAGGCGGCGACGCUGACUGUGUGGCGGAAGUCGCUCCUCUUCCACGGGUACGGAUUCACGGUCUUCGAUUCCAAGGGUAAUCUCGUGUUCCGAGUCGACAAUUACGCCUCGGGCAGCAGAGCGGAGAUCGUCCUCAUGGACGCCGACGGGAAGCCGCUGCUAACGAUUCGAAGGAAGAAGCUGAGUCUGGGAGACCACUGGCUGAUCUACGAAGGCGAGGCGGCGGGCAAACCGCAGUUCGCCGUCAAGAAGCACGUAAACCUCAUCGGGUCGAGGUCGCCGGUCCACGUCACGCCGUGUUCCCCCGCCUCCGAGUCCUGCCUCGGCUACGAGGUGGAGGGCUCCUACUCGCGGCGGUGCUGCGUCGUCUACGACGACCGACGGCGGCAGCUAGCGCAGAUCAAGCGGAAGGAGGCGGCCGCGGGGGUCGCCCUCGACGCCGACGUCUUCCGCCUCGUCGUGGAGCCGGGAUUCGACGCGGCCUUCGCCAUGGCCAUCGUCAUACUCCUCGACCAAAUGUUCGGCUCUCGUGGAUCGCUCCUUCGAGUUUAGGAGAGGUGGAAGGAGGCCGAUUAGAAGAAGAAGAAGCCCUUUUUCGAUCUCUUCCUUGAGAGAUCUUGUUCACUUUUUCCUUUGUGAGACUGUGCCGAGUCGAACUGGAACGCAAAUUACUCAAACCCCACUCAAGUUAAGAAAUAAA